AUGCGCAAGGAGGAGCGCGAGGGCGGGGACGAGGCGGGGUCGGCUGAAGGCUCUGGGCGUGCUUUUCCACCAGAAGCGUCACUCGGAAGCGCUGCUGAGGGGCCCCGUGCGACGAGAGCGGUCGGCAGCGGGGGGCUGCUGGAGGCGCUGGGCGUGCUGCUCGCCACCGCCAACCCCGCCCCCUUCCCCGCACCUCGGCCCACCUUGCGCCGCGCGCUGCUCUUCUGCUGGAACGUCGUGGCCAUCCUCCUGGUGACGGCGUACAACAGCGGGCUGCUGGCGCACCUCACCGCGCCGCACUUCCCGCCGCCCGUCGACACUCUGCAGGAGUUCGUGGACGCGGGCUUCUAUUGGGGCACCUUUAUCGCAAUCCCGCCGCUCGACCACUAUUUCGAUCACGAGAACCCGACGCACCAGUCGGUGAAGGCGCGCUUCAAGAAGGAGAAAUCGCCGCGGGACCUGGGAGAGCGCCUGGCACGCGGAGACUACGCGCAGCUGGGGAACUACAUUUCGGGCGCCUUCUGCCCCCUGGGGCUGCCGCCGCCGCCCGCCGCCCUGCCCCGCCUGCGCCUGGUGCGAGAGAGCGUGCGCUGCGACGCCAACGCACUGGCCUUCCCGCACUACUCGCUCCUGCGGCCCUGGGCGGACCAAUCAACGAGACCCAUGCCAUCGUGGAAGACUUUAUUGGCUGCCAGUCUACGGCUCACAAUUUAUAAGGACAUGGAACAAGUGGCGACGUUCGCGAGAACAUCUGUUGAGGCAGUUUUCAAUGCCUACGAUGACAUCCAGUGCUUUGCUGUGUUCACUCGAACGAACAGUGACGACACGCUGCUCUUUUUGAAGUAUAUAUCGCAGCAAAUUCACUUCAGUUUUGUGAUGGAAUCGGGAGGGCGCAGAGGUGACUGCCCAGGAUUAAUGAUGAUUGGAAAAAGCUGGAAAUCUAUAGUGGCCAUAUGGCAUAUUCGUAGACUUGAGACAUUGCUGACGUCUUCAGUUGAUGACAGAACGCAGACGUUAACAAAAAAAUACAUUCCAUUAUUGGCGGUGGUGCAUAACGAUGCGUAUGCUGAGACGAGGGAGCUUCCUAGCUUUUUCAUGCGGAGCUCGGCGCUGGGCAUGGAGGCCAUAAUGCGCGUCGUGGAGGUGGCAGGCCCCGCCCCCUUCCGCGCCUUUUGGGGAGACCAGACCUCGGCCCGCUUCGUGCCCCUGGAUCGGCGGCUGGCCACCGCGCAACGGGGCCAGGCCGCCGUCCGCCAGCGCUGGCCGGACAUUCGCGGAGGCGAGUUCCGCAUGGCGGUGACUCACCUCCCGCCCUUCAUGUUCAACGAUGGUGACGGGGUUGAAAUGAAAAUCGUGAAGACUCUAGCAGACGUUUUGAAUGGGAAUGUGUCCUUCGUACCAAUUGAAGAAGGCAAAAACUUUUGGCAAGAUUCGAUUUUUAUGACGAGCGCCCGUCGUACGAACGUUACCGGGGGCGUCGCAUUGAAUCUGAACGUGUCGCGCCAACUGGACUUCGGCAACCCGACGCACCAGGCGGUGAAGGCGCGCUUCAAGAAGGAGAAGUCACCGCGGGACCUGGGAGAGCGCCUGGCACGCGGAGACUACGCGCAGCUGGGGAACUACAUUUCGGGCGCCUUCUGCCCCCUGGGGCUGCCGCCGCCGCCCGCCGCCCUGCCCCGCCUGCGCCUGGUGCGAGAGAGCGUGCGCUGCGACGCCAACGCACUGGCCUUCCCGCACUACUCGCUCCUGCGGCCCUGGGCGGACCGUGUAGUCCUGCUGCUCGCCCAGCGAUCUGCCCUGGGCGUGGUUGCCCAUAAGCGCGUGGUGGUGGUGGCGGGCCCCGCCCCCUUCCGCGCCUUCUGGGCGGACCGGGCCGCGGGCCGCUACGUGCGUCUGGACCGGCGGCUGGCCGAGACGCACCCGGACCCGGACGACUUCAACCAGCGCUGGCCCAACAUUCACGGAGAAGAGCUCCGCAUGACCGUGACCCACUACCCGCCCUUCAUGUUCAAUAAUGGAAGUGGUGUGGAGAUGAAAAUUGUGGAGACGCUAGCAAACGUUUUGAACGGCAAAGUGUCUUUCGAACCAUUAGAAGACCACAAAUAUUUUUGGCAUGUGUCCCUACAACUAACGCGACGUAGUCGCACAAACGUGACCGGCGGUUAUCCUUUGAACCUGGCUGUGUCGCAACAUAAACUUAUAAUUUGUUUUAUAAUUCGUGAAAGAAAAGAAAUGUUUGAGAUAAAAAUUAAGAUAUUGUGA